AAAAAAAAAAAAAAAACUCACACACACUUUUCUGCUUACCUUCUGGAGAAACGCUGCGACAACAACCAAGCGGUGGGGUCAGCCAGUGGAGGAGCUUCGGCGACUGUGCGGCGAGUUCGACGGUGGUACUUCGUUGGUGAGCAGCCAUGGCUCUGCGAACAGUGACUCGAAAGUUGGGCAAUAAGUUCUUUCCUCUCUUGUCUUCCACAUCCCACCUCCAUUCGCAUGCCACCAGUUUUGGAUUCAAGGAAGUGAAAGAAGAAGAAAAGGCUGCAAUGGUUGGGAAUGUCUUCUCAAACGUUGCUUCUAACUAUGACCUCAUGAAUGAUCUCAUGAGUGCAGGGUUGCACCGGUUGUGGAAGGACAGACUGGUUUCAAAGCUCAAUCCUUUUCCUGGAAUGAAGCAUCUUGAUGUGGCUGGUGGCACAGGGGAUGUUGCUUUCAGAAUCUUAGAAAGGAUAAACAGAGUUAAGCAAAGAGGAAUUCAACGUGAUUUUGAAGAUAUAUUAGAGGCAGAAACUAAGAUAUAUGUGUGUGAUAUUAACCCUAACAUGUUAAAUGUUGGCAAACAGCGGGCCUUGCAGAAAGGUUUUGCUGAAGACGGUUCCCUUGUAUGGGUGGAGGGAAAUGCUGAAAGCUUGGGAUUCCAAAAUGAUUCAAUGGAUGGUUACACUAUAGCAUUUGGGAUACGGAAUGUCACACACAUAGAGAAAGUUCUCAGUGAAGCUCAUAGGGUACUGAAGCGUGGAGGCAGGUUCCUUUGCCUUGAACUUAGCCAUGUGGGAAUUCCUGUAUUUAAAGAAUUGUAUGAUUUAUAUUCUUUCUCCGUUAUUCCAUCUAUGGGAGAGAUGGUUGCUGGUGACCGUGAAUCUUAUCAGUACUUAGUUGAGAGUAUCCGGCGGUUGAAUUUGCAGGAGAAAUUUGCAUCAAUGAUUGCUGAUGCAGGGUUCCAGAAAGUAGAGUAUGAGAAUCUAGUAGGGGGAGUGGUUGCCGUCCAUUCAGGGGUCAAAAUCUGAUAUUUUCAUGACCUUUACUCACAUGUAUCUAAUAAUUCACAAUCCUGAUAUUCUAAAAUACAAGUAAAAUACAUCUGAACCAUUGAUGAGAAAAUUAGUGGUUUCAUAUUUAAUAAGCAAAAUUAUAUGCAUAACUACCCAUGUCACAUGAAAGUUGAAACCAUUGAUUUUCUCAUUAGUUCAGACAUUGCAAGUUAACCCCUUAAAUCCGAUAAUUUAUGGAUCUUUCUGAGCUUCUUAUAGGCAUAGAUACCGAUGUCAAGUGUGAUAAGUCAUCUACUCAGAGAAGAGUGACUUUGUUAGAAUAUGUUCUUUAAUUUAUGCGGUCAUAUUUGGCACUUGCAAUUCACAAUUUUGGUGAGAAUGUGUAUAUAACUUUUUUUACUUAUGUUAAA